CUACAAUGAUCCCAUGAAUAGAAUGGAAAUGGUGCUUUUACUGAUAACGUUAGGCUUAACAAGAAUUAUCAUCGCAAUUGCAUAAGUGAAAAAUUUCAAACAGCGAACUUAUAAUCAAUAAGCAACCUUUUACUCACAUUCAACCGUUAGUGUAGAUUCGCUGUUCGUUUAGAUCACACCUCAAAAUGAGAAUUGUUAGAAAUAUUUACGUGUUAGUGCUAGUUGUAGUGCUAAGCACUGUCGACAUUCAAGGAACGACAGAAACCCAUUCGGAUCUACUGCCUACAGAUUGCGGAACCAGCAUAAACACCGGUGGUAUCCCCAGUGUGGCCAGGUACCCGUGGAUGGCUAUUUUGCGUUAUAAUACCAGUGGAGGAUUCUUAGAUGCUUGCGUUGGCACAUUGAUCAACAGGCGCUAUGUUCUGACAGCUGGCCAUUGUCUCGCGAAUAAACACGUCCAACUACACAAAGUUAUUCUUGGCGAGUUCGACAAGUCUCAGGAUAUUGAUUGUAACUUUAACCAAGAUACACGUGAACAAAGUUGUGUAGGACCCAUUGAAGAGUUCGGAAUCGAGUCUGUCCAAGUUCAUCCCGAUCAUAGCCCACGCAAACGACAUAGCGACAUCGGUUUGAUUCGUUUAGAUCGGGAUGUCACGAUGAAAGACCACAUUCGAGCAGUUUGUUUGCCUGUGACCUCCGAACUACGAGACCGCGUCGAUGAAAGCUACAUUGUCACCAGUUGGAAGUGGGACCUAACGAGUAGUUCGGAUAUUUUGCAAAAAGUGGUGGUUCCUCGUAUUACUGUCCCGGACUGUCAACGUAUAUUUGAUGAAAAGAAUGCAGAAGUAGUGUUGAAUAAUGAACAUAUAUGUACUGAGGGGUCAGCCGAAAUCUGUAGGGGAAGCGCCGGAGCUCCGUUGGGAAACACAGUUCUACUUAACGGAGAACGCUUUGUGCAGUUCGGAUUUGUUUCUUUUGGGUCCCUGCAAUGUGAAGAUACCAGUGUGCCUGAGGUGUACACUCGGGUGGCAAGUUACAUGGAUUGGAUAACGAAUACAAUUAAGCCUUAACGCGUAAGCAACCGUUAACAAUUUUGUCGUCAUAAUUAGAAUUCGAAAGUAGAUUUCCAAUUUAACAUUACAUUCAACAUGUAUUAAGUGAGUACAUUCUACUUUCUAGCUGAAAUAUAGUGGACACAUUUUUCCGAUUUGUAUUUGACUCUUGAAUAAAAAAAAACUGCAAUUGUA